AGCCACCUCCGACAAUUCGACCUCACGCGGUUCUCGAGAAAGACACUCCGUCUCUUCCUUUCCUACUAUCCCCAAUCAAUUCAUGGGCGACGCUUUGACGUAUCAAGAAUUCAACCAGUACAUAUCCGGUAGAGGCGACGCGAAUAUCCCCACUCUUGAUAGUUUAUUCGAAGAUAUUGAUGAAGCAGGACUGGACGGGGACGGGGAGCCUACACCGCACAGCAACGACGUCGACGAGGAGGCAGGUGGGCCCCAGACCUCUCAAGGAAAGGACGCCGAGAGUAGUAAGUCCAAGAAUGUGUCGACGGAAAUGACAAUGGAUAAUGUGUUGCUUGAUGCAAGGGUAGAGGAAAAGGAGUCUGAUGCUGUUCGCCGAAAGGAUGUUGGCGAUGACGUAGGUGCAUCUACAAGUAAUGGUGUCAUUUCUGGAGCAUCUGAAACUGUGAAUAGAACUGUUAUUGGAGAAGUGGUUGGAGGGUUCAAUGACAGGAUUGAGACAGCAUCUCAAGUUAUGGAGGCAUUGCAAGAUUAUCUGUUGUCUCAAAUGUUUUUCACUUUAGACGAGAAUUUGGUUGGGAAUGUGGAAAAUACAAGAGUUCAUCAGGCACAGGAUGUUACCCCGGAGAAAGGAUUCUGCGAAAAUGUAAGAGAGGUGUAUGAAGAAUUUCAAGACUCGGAAGAUGAUGAGGAAGUGGUCAUUGAAGAACCAUGCACACAAAUUGUGUGAAUAUGCAUAUGAAUACCCAAGUUGUGAAUAUUUCACCGGUUUAUGAAGAACCAAUAAAGGUUGAGAUGCCAC